AUGACUCUAUACUUUUUGAAGGAUCAAGGCUCUCUUACGAUGACAGCAAAUGCAUUUGUAGUUGCAAAUUGCAGUCUUCUUGGUGGUUCGAAAAGUAUGCGACAUUAUCACUAAUGUUUUAGGCCCAAGAUACAUAAAAUUGCCCAAUACCAUUCAUAAAUUGAACUCCACUCAGUUCAAUUACCAUUAUAAAUCAAUGCACCGGUAUGUUAUAUUAAUUAAAUUCUUGUGUUUAUUUUCUUACAUAUUAUUGAUUCUUUUGCUUGUAUUGUCAAAUUAAAAAUAAUUUCUUCUAGAACUUUUGGAAACUCACUAAACAUUUAUUGUGGUUGGACAGCCUUUUAUGUCCUUAUUUUAUCUUUAAUGGAUAAAUGGCUAAACCCAAACAGGCAUUUAAAUAAAUAUAUAUAUAAUCAUGAAUAAUUACUGCGAACUAUAUAAUCUUAUAUCAAAUAUUUUAUAGUGAACUUUAACACAACAAAUGUAUUUCUUUUCGCCUGGAUACAACACCAACCUCUAAUAAUGAAAGCUGUCAUCUUCCUGUAGGGUUUGUGUAGCACCUACACUUGGUCCUCGCCAAGGGAUGGACUGCGGUGUCACUUCUUCAUUAUCAAUUCUGUUGAACUGGAAUGUAAAGAACCUCUGCUUGAUGGGGUAACAUGUGAUGGUGGGGAUGCAAAGCCACUACCUUUGAAAUGUUUGGUAAGUUACUACCACUAGCUAAAUUAUUUAUUAAAUUGAACGCGUAAUUGUAACUCUAAUGGAUAUCACAGUUCACGCCGUGUUCGGAUUAUAGCUUGCCAGCCUGUAGCUAUUCUCUAACUUUUUCUUCAUCUUCUUUUUCACAACAAAAAUCCUAUUCUAGACGCCGAACUGGCCACACAAUGUGGCCAUUCCUUUUGUGGCUUUUGUGUAAAUAUCCUUAGAAGCAGAAACCAAGGGCAAUCCGCCAGAUGUGAGAUUUGCCGUCAGCCUGUAACGACAUUCUUCCCAAACCGUCUGGCAAAUGCAGCGCUUGGGUUGGUCCAUGGCCACUGCAAGUGA